AUGUUAGAAGAUCAGUCUUGUUUGGUUUCAAAGGAUUGUCAGAGAGAACGUAACUUGGUGGCUUGCAUGAAUGGCAAAGAGCCAUUGGUAAAUUAUCAGGAGCGUGAACUUGUGAAAUGCAAGUUGCCAAAUAAGUCUGAUGCUUUCAACAAAGUGGAAGUCGCUCUAUCUUUGGGCAACUCUUCAGCAUCCCCGAACGAGCAAGUUGCAUCUUUGAAUCGUAGCUUGCGCUCAUUGAUUAGGAGCGGAGAACUUUACAAAUUGCGGCGGGAAAAUGGUGUGGUUGAGCAUUGGGUUUAUUUCUACUGCGAACUGGUUGAAUGGGGAGCUUUUGAUCCUAGUCGCUGUCGUUGGAUGCAUCUGCCAGCUAUGACUCUUGAUGAGUGUUUCGUGUUGGCUGACAAGGAGUCGUUGGCAGUUGGCACAGAGCUGCUUGUGUUUGGAAAGGAGAUCUUUUCGCAUGUCAUUUAUCGUUACAGUUUAUUGACAAACACGUGGUCAUAUGGGAUGCGAAUAAAUGUACCAAGAUGUUUGUUUGGUUCUGCCAGCCUAAGUUGCUCGGACACGACAAUUUGGGUGCCGUACCCGUGUCAACACGACACUGACACGGGUAAGGGUGUGGGACCUGUGUCGGAUAUGGUCAGACAAGAUCGGAGAAGCAAAAGAUGUGUGGUGGACUACUGGACUGAGGCAUAA